CUAUACAAUAUCAACGUCGCCAACACCUAUGGCUCGGGCAAACAAGCCACUGCUCUAUCCGCCCACAAUAGCCAUCAGGGCUAUUACGGCUGUAGUAUGACUAGUUAUCAGGCGAGAACCAGCCUCCUCGAUACCCUACUUGCAAAUAGUGGAUAUCAGUACUACAGCAAUUGUUACAUCGAGGGUGCGGUGGAUUACAUCUACGGAGGCGCGAGCGCUUGGUUUGGGGAAUGUAUACUGGCAUCGAACGGGGGAGGUGCCAUUACAGCCAGCUCUCGCGAUAGCACCACCGACGCGUCGUACUAUGUAAUCGAUUCUUCAGACGUCGUCGCCGCUAAUUCUAGUUUAGACCUCACGGAGAAAGUCUACCUGGGAAGGCCAUGGCGAGAAUACGCUCGAGUGGUCUUCCAAAGAAGCUCCCUAUCAGACAUCAUUAAUCCUGCGGGUUGGACGACGCUUGCGGACCCGGCUGAACCGAUAUUCGAGGAGUACGACAACACGGGCGCUGGAUCAGACACUUCGCAGAGGGUUACGGAGACAACGUUGACUUCGAUGAUCCAGUUGUCAACCGUGAUUCCUGAUUAUGGGGACUGGAUCGACGAAACCUACUGA